GCUGGCUUCACUGAAUCACAACCUUGCCAGUAGCUGAAGGAGGUCAUGGAGCCAUCGGACUGUCACAGAGAACUGACCCCUGCCUCUCACCCAUCCCAAAUUUCAGAGGUCAGCAUGGUUCUGGAAGGGUCAAACGAUGUCCUCAGCAGUGGGGGUGAAUCUGAUUUAAAAGAACAGGAGGAAGACACUGAGCUGGACAGUCUUGAGCUGCAUGGUACUCUUUCAGAUAGUGUGGACAGAGAAGGUCAGAGACCAGACAUGCACAUGGAGGUCCAGCAAGAUGAAGGACUUGGAGAACAUGCACAGGGUGAUGGGAACACAAGCUGUGACAGUGGAACAGCCUCCAUUGAUGAUGCCAGGUCUCCACCAGCUGUUCACGACAGUGCUGUGGAAUCACUUCCUGCUGUUCUCGAUGGAGAAUUCGAAUGUUCUGACCUUGAAGAACCAGCGGAGGUGGUUCCAGAAUCAGAAGGUGGGACUCGCAAUGAAGUUGAGGAAUCUUCUCCCUCUGUACUGAAUGGGACAGAUGAUAUUUCAUCCACACAUAUGUUCAAUGGGCCAACAGACCUUAACAGAACUCCUUUGACUCUAACAACUCCAGAUGUUGUUUCAGUACCCCAAAACUCGCAAUCCAACUCCAACAUGAACCCGUAUGACACGGACUGCAGCAGAAAACUGUUGUCUGAGAUCCAGCGCUCUCUGUCUCAGGAGUCUCUGCUGGAUGAGCUGGAGGAUGAGCUGUUGAACAGUCAGUCAGAUGGCAUGCGCAAGGGAAGUCCUCCCAAUGGGCUUCAGAAGGACCAGAACUCCAUGGUUCUAUUUGAGAAGUGUGUACAAUACAAGUACUCCCAACAGGAGAAAGCCAUCAAGAGAUUACUUGAUGAGAAUAAGAAACAUCAGGAGCUGAUUCUGGGCAUCUGCUCUGAGAAAGACAACAUGAGGGAUGAGCUGAAGAAGAGGAUGGAGACAGAGAAACAACAUCUUUGCACCAUUAAGAAAUUUGAAAGCCGGUUGGAGGAACUUAUGAAGGAACUAAAAGACUCCAGAGACAAACUGGUUCACCAGGAUCAGGCCGCUAAGAAUGCCAUCCAGCAGUUGCAGAGGGAGAUGACCUAUCGACUUGAACAGGCCAAUAAGAAAUAUGAGGAGGCACGGCAGGAGAAGGAGACAAUGGUGAUGAAGUAUGUUCGAGGCGAAAAGGAAGCUCUGGACCUGCGGAGGGAAAAGGAACAGCUGGAGAAGAAGCUACGGGAGGCCACAUCAGAAGUAGACAAACAGGCCCGGCGGGGAAACACACUGGCCCAAGAGAAAGGACGUCUGCAGCAGCUUUAUGACGCCAAGGAGAAUGAAGUGACGAGACUUUCCCGUGAACUGGAGAAAGUCAAGGAAGAAAUCAAUUCUCAUGUCAUCAAAGUAAAGUGGGCACAGAACAAGCUGAAGAGCGAAACGGAUGCUCACAAGGAAACAAAAGACAGACUAAGAGAAACGACUGCCAAGCUGACUCAAGCAAAGGAGGAGACUGAACAGAUUCGCAAAAACUGCCAGGACAUGAUCCGCACAUAUCAGGAGUCUGAGGAGAUUAAGUCAAAUGAAUUGGAUGCAAAGCUGCGAGAGACCAAAGGAGAGCUGGAGAAGCAAAAACAAGAGCAGACAGACCAGCUAGAGAUGCACAAAGCUAAGAUUAAGGAGUUGGAGGAUCUGAAGAGAACUUUUAAAGAAGGCAUAGAUGAGCUGACCACCCUGCGGACCAAGGUUAAGUGUCUAGAGGACGAACGGCCCCGAUGGGAAGACGAACUCUGCAAAUACAGAGAGAUCAUUAACAGACAGAAGGCUGAGAUCCAGAAACAGAGGGAAAAACUCACCGCCAUCACGACACUAGAGGAGCAGCACCAGAGGGAUGAUCAGGAGAUUGCAUCCUUGCGGGAGGAGGUGGAGAAUCUGAACUCCCAGAUCACUGACUUGCAGAGGGACAUUGAAGGAAGCAGGACAAGAGAGGCGGAGCUACUGGGCUUUACUGAGAAAGUGACCAGUAAAAAUGCUCAGCUGCAGUCUGAGAGCAACAGCUUACAAGCCCAGCUGGACAGAUUGAACAGCACCUCUAGAGAGCUGCACAGCAAACUAGAGGAGACCGAGAGAACCCUCUCUGAGACGAUGGGAAAAUUGAAGAAAGAGGAAAAACAAAGGCAGGAGGAAGUUCUGGCGUUGCAGACAGAGAGAACAACACUACAGACCGAGACAUCACAACUAAAGACACGUGUGGAGGAAUUACGAGACGAUCUGGUCACUCAGAAGAGAAAACAGGCAGCCAACAUCAAAGACCUCACCAAGCAGCUCACGCAGGCUCGUAAGAAGCUGGAGCAGGUGGAGAAUGGAGGAUGUGAUCGAGAGGGCAGCAGCAUGGGCAGCCGCUCCAGUUCUUCAGGCUCUUUAAAUGCACGGGGCAGCAGUAUGGAUGAUCGCUCUCCAGAGAAUCAGUCCGGUUCAUCAGUGGUAGUGGUGGAUAGCUUUCCUGAGGUGGACAAAGCUGUGCUGGUGGAUCGCAUUGUGCGGUUGCAGAAAGCACACGCUCGUAAGAACGAGAAGAUUGAAUUCAUGGAGGACCACAUUAAGCAGUUGGUGGAGGAGAUCAGGAAAAAGACAAAGAUUAUCCAAAGUUACGUGCUUCGAGAAGAGUCUGGAGCACUGUCUUCAGAAGCCUCGGAUUUUAACAAAGCCCACCUGAGCCGGAGGGGAGGUAUCAUGGCGUCGUUGUACACCUCCCACCCUGCCGAUAGCGGCCUCACUCUCGACCUCUCACUGGAAAUCAACCGCAAACUCCAGGCUGUGCUAGAGGACACCCUGCUCAAAAACAUCACACUGAAGGAGAAUCUCCAAACGCUGGGUUCGGAGAUCGAACGACUAAUUAAACAGCAAAGGGUGCCGGAUGACAUAGCCGGAAGGAAGUGAAGUCAGUCGAGGGGAAGGAUGUUACAAUAAAUGGCACACACUGUACAACUGAGCCCGUUACGAAACGAUUUACUUUGUUUGGGAUCAAAAUAGUGCUCUUCUCAUCAGACAAGUUCAGUCUGUUUUAUACACUGGAGGCACAGUUCAAAAUAAGGACUGAACUGCGCUAAGGAAACUUACGGGACAAAUGACUGGAACGCAAAGAGUUUACCAAGAACCUGUGCCCACUUUUCUUCACAUUGUGCCCAACGUCCAACUGUCCUCUCUUCGCCGUCCCGCCUCACCUGUGUCUUGAUGACUCAGUUCAUCAGGUUCAGAGCAGAACUGCAGUCCUAAAUCCAACGACCUGGUGUAUGAAGUUGGGUAGAUGAAUGACUAUUCUCAUAAAUGUGACCCCAUGUUCUUUUGAAGAACAAAAUGUGCUGGACUAAUGGAGACCCGUGGAUUCUGCAGCUCUUUAGAGGCUUUCAGAGGCUUUUUCUUUAUUCAUUGCACCGCAGGUUAAUGGCCGCUCCUCAUCGCUCUCAUUUCCCCCUCAUGCAAACGUGCCAAUUAAUGAAUGUAUUAUGUAAUGAGAAGGACUAAUCCCACACGCUCUGACCCAGGAGUGUGGGCAACAUUCCCUGUUCGAGCUGCUGCUAGGUUACCGCUACACCCGGAUAGCAUUAUCUCUUGCAAAGCACUUAGGCGAGAGGGGCCAUGCCAAAAACACAGCUCUUGCUCUGUCAUUCAUUUGAAUGAAUAACUACAUCUCAGAAAUUGAUACAUCUAGGGCUAGUCUUAAGGGAGCUUGCGGUUCAUUCUGUCUGGAUUAAGUUGUAAUUAAAUCAUAUUGUUAUCCCCCCCCCCUUCUGCUUUUCUACCUCUGCUUAACCUUGUAAUUAUUUUUAUUUUUGUGUUCAGCUUUUUUUUUAAUUAAUAUUUUUUUUGUGUAUGACAUUCUGAUGCUGCUUUUGAAGAGCCCGAUGCUCCCCAAAGAAACGUAGAGUGUAAAAUCCCUGUUAAAUGGAGACAUUAUAAAUAUUAAGGGAAUAGUGCAAUUUUAACCCCCCCUCUUUGUUUGUUCAACUGACCCGUAAUUGCCCCGGCCAGCGUCCCAUCUGAGACUCCCGU